AUGGUCUCGUGCCAUCAAGUCUGCUUCUUCGGAUCGGAGUACAACCCACAAUCUGGUAUCCCAGUCAAUUGGUUCUUACCGUACAAAGAUCCGUGCAACUGCACUGCUAUACGUCUCGGAGGGAUGAGCAUCUCUGCCUCGUCAUCCCACCAGGGGGCGCCCUACUAUCUGAAUGAUUUUUUUCUGAGUGAGGAUUGUGACGAAAUUCAUGCUCACUUCAACUGUACACCUGCAGAGAAAGAUCCAGAGUGCGCGAGUCACGCCUUGGGCAUGGAAGACGGGACGAUCCCUGACGAUCGCAUCAAGGCCUCCAGUGAAAUCUACACGGACUGUUGUCCUGCCGUUUACGCACGCCUCAACAGUAACAAGAGAUGGAUACCCUCCAAUACCGAUGCCAAUCCCUGGAUCGAGGUGGACCUCAUUGGGAGUACAGUGGUGAUAGGUGUCAUCACACAAGGCUGGAUGCCACCCUCAUCAGAUCCUCAGUAUGUGGCGCAGUACAAGGUGUCCUAUCAGAAGCAACCCUCGUCUGACUAUGAUCACGUGGCGGAUAGAAACGGAAACAUCAAGGUGUUCAUCGGUAACACUGACGACCACACCCCGGUCACUAACCUGUUUGAUGAGAGUGUGGUGGUGACGGUAGUGCGCAUUGAGCCUACUGAAUGGCAGAAUUUGUGUUCUUUGCGAUUGGAGCUGCUUGGGUGUCGCCAUGAUUAA